AUGGGCACGUUCCUAAAAUUCACUCAGUUUCGCACAGCGCGACCCACACCCUCCCUUGAGCGCAUCAAAGCAUUUUAUGGUCCAACUGGCCUAAACCUGCCCAUCAUCGGCUCAUUUCAAGACCAUAGUGACUACUCAGGAACCAUCUACGGGCUGCCAGACGCUUCCCACCAGCUCGAAUUUACUGAAUACAACGGAUCAGAUCCGCACAAGAUUCCAAAAACUUUUGCACCGAGUAGUGGAGACCAGUUGCUGGUGUUUUAUAUGCCCGAUAAAGCGGAACUGGAUCGUGUCGUGGAUAGAUUAGUUGCUGUUGGAGGGAAGAUUGUGGAGAGUGAGAAUCCUUAUUGGACUGAAAAGGGUGUGACGGUUAAGGAUCCGGAUGGUUGGAGGGUUGUGUUGAUGAACUCGAAGGGGUUUGAAAGCAGUUAA